AUGGCCUCUGCACAAUUUCAAGUUUUAUCUGCUCUCUGUCGGAUAGUACGUAACAUCGUAUCUGAUGCUGUGAAUGAAUUUUCUGCGACCAUAUUUGUUUCACCACGUGCUCUAUCACGUACCAUCUUUGAUACAUAUACAGACACGCUUGUCGACCAAUUCAACAAAACUACUCUUGAGAAUUUUCGUACACUCAAUGGUUUUAUUUCAUCCAUUAUUGAUGAAAGUCGUUUCAUAUCUGCGUUGCGUACAAAUUUCUAUACUAGAAGUGUGCCUGAUAGUGGCAACUAUACAACUUUUUCUGGUAUCUAUCCACAAAAAGUAAAUCUGACACAAUCUUCAUUUAUGUCAAAUGAAACAUGUCGAUGUGAUCAAACGAGUAAUUGUAUUUACCCUGCUGGUAUCUAUAAUCAAUCAAAAGCCAUUAUUCCGAAUGAAGCAUUUUCAAAUGAUGCAUCACUUCUAUUUGCUGUACCAGGAGUUCAAGUUGGAUGUGUACCUCAAAAUGCAUUACUUCAAUCGACAUUAGAAUGUUUUUAUAAUCAAUCAUGCUUGGAUAUUGUUAUUACAUUAACUGGGGCUCUUCGUACUGUUUCUGCACUAAAUAUUUCGAAUUCUAUUUCUCGAUUUCAUCCAACAACAACUAUCGGUUAUCGAGAUCGUGUAUGGAAUAUGGUUAGGAUAGCCUAUGAAAAAGUUACUACAUUCAAUUUGUUCAAAACGGCUUUAACGGAUGUUGAGCAAGGUAUCUAUUCUACUCGAGUCUAUAUCUUAUUUUUGAUGGUCGGUGUUUAUGUUUUGACCAUCUACUCCACUAAAGUAAUUGGCUCAAAACAAGUUAUCGUUCAAAAUCCAAGUAUCAACCAAUUUGAAGAGCUUAAUAAAAUGUAUUCAUCGAUUCUAUCAUGUCCAUGUAGUCGUUUGUCAAUGCCACGCUCAACGUUCAUGCAUUAUGAAGUACAAUUUCAUCCAUUUUGUACAAGUCGUUUUAUUCGUGAUGAACUUUGGCUUCAAUAUUGGACGAUGGAAUUUCUCAAUGCACUUAAUGCAGACGAUAUGAUCACUUUUAAACCUAAGGAUACGGUCAACGAUUUGAUUAUGGCAGCUUUUAUUGAUCAACAAAUCCAAAUGGCUGAUUAUGAAUCUUACUAUACUCAAUGUCAGCCAGAAAUGUGUAUUUAUACAAUUGAUCAGAAAUUGCAUUCAGUUACUCUUGUUAACUCUGUUAUUGGAUUACUUGGAGGAUUGUCUGUUGUACUACGUCUCUUGAUUCCAUUAUUGAUCAAAAUUAUUUAUGGAAUUUAUCGUUUGUGUCUUCACCGAACACGAGGUAAGAAGCUCUAUGCUUCAGAUAUUGAAGUAUUUUAA